AUGCUCAUGACUGCAGUGGCUGAUAUCCCUCAGAUCAUUGAGACUCUUUGCACAUCUCCGCCAGCUGUUCAAAGGACAGCGAUUGAGACUUAUUUCACACCCAGCGCAUCCUUCACACAUCCGUUUUGCAGAACGGGCAGCUUUCCUGGCUCGAUAUGGCUGAUUAUCAUGAUUUACCGCUGGUACAAAAUCCUGAGCCCUCAUAUUGAUGUUGCAGUUGACAGCGUUGCAUUUGACGAACAGCACCUGCGCCUCUACGUUUCCCUUCGCCAGAACUUCAAGCUCUGGGUGGUUCCCUUCUACAACGCUCCGGUCAAACUCGUCACUGUCCUCCAGUUGACCACUGACCCGGCCCUAAUGCCUCCAGCUCCUCAGGAGAACGUGACUGCCACCGAACUUAAAAAUGGAAAUGACCAUGAAAAACCCGAUUCCUCUCAUGGUAAUCCCAAGCAGAGAGAUGAAGCCGAGUCCGCUGGCACACCUCGCAAAGAGGCUGAUGACGGUGAUAUCGACAGGGUUAAGUACUACAUCCAAUCGCAGAACGAUCUAUAUCAGACCACCGAGUUCAUCAAAUUCGUUAUUCCCUGGGGAGUCGGCGUCGUCCUAUUGAUCACCUGGCAAUUCUGCGCAACGUUGUUCUGUGUGGUUGGCACCAAGGUCUACGAUCUCCUCGUGUGGCUACCUCAAAAGCUCUACCGCCAACACUUUGAGGUUUUCGACAACAAUCAGAAAGAACAUCAACAUCUCGGUGCCGAUUGA